UUGCAAUUGGCCAAUAUGCUCUCGUCACGGCGCUUUCAUGGUUUCUAUUGGCUGUCUCUCGUGCCAUUUGAAAAAAAUACAGCCGUUGCUGACUGCUUUGUUGACAUCCGAUAAUCAAACACAACAUUGAAGCUUCCCUUGCUGAAUCGUUAAUAUAAAUGGCUUCAAGUUACCGAAAACCAGGUUCUUCGACUAGCCAAAGGAAAAAGGCAGGUCCCAAAAUCGAACUGACUGAGGAGCAAAAGCAAGAAAUUAAGGAGGCGUUUGACCUCUUUGACACAGAUGGAACUGGAACAAUAGACGUGAAAGAGCUAAAGGUUGCCAUGAGAGCUCUUGGGUUUGAACCAAAGAAAGAAGAAAUCAAGAAGAUGAUUGCAGACAUUGAUAAAGAGGGAUCUGGAACAAUUGACUUCAGUGAUUUUCUCAGUAUGAUGACACUGAAGAUGAGUGAAAAAGACUCCAAAGAAGAAAUAAUGAAGGCUUUUCGGCUGUUUGAUGAUGACUGCACGGGAAAAAUCUCAUUCAAAAAUCUGAAGAGAGUUGCCAAGGAGCUGGGUGAAAACCUCACAGAUGAAGAAUUGCAGGAAAUGAUUGACGAGGCAGACCGAGAUGGAGAUGGUGAGGUCAACGAGCAGGACUUCUUGAGGAUAAUGAAGAAGACCAAUCUUUAUUGAACCUGUUGAGUGUGUUACAGUCUUGAUCUGAGACCUUUUUUUUUAAGAUUCACUUUUGAGUCUAAACAGUUUAAGCAAUAGCUUUUUGUGGGACUUAUGCAGAUUUGUUUAGUUUGUAAAUGAUUUAACAUACUGUAUCUUUGCACAGUUCUUUCUACAAUGCAAGACAAAUAAAUAUAUUUCAUCAUA